AUGAUUCUUCAUGGUAUUUUAAUUCUUGAAAGACAACAUUCUGUUGAAGUAGUCUUACCAUUAUACAUAUUCUAUGCUAAAAUUGCUGGUUUAACCAAUCUUUUUAUUCAACCAAAUAUACCACAUUACACAUGUUUUAAUGUUAUUCUUGCAUUAUUUUCUUUAUCAAAUAUAUAUCCUAAAAUAUUAUCUGGAAGUAAUACUAUUUUUAAAAAUCGUCUUUACUACCUAUUUCUUUUUAUUUUUAUAUUUUUUAUUAAUCCAUCUACACCUAUUAUAACACCAUGGGCUAAUAUUACAACUGGAAUAAUUACUUUCUUACAACGUACCUAUAUAUUAUAUCCAAGUAAACGUUUUUCAUUAAGAAAACAAAAUAUUUUAAUGAUAACUUCAUUAAUUAUUUUUUUACUUCCCCUAGAAUGGAUUAUUACACCAUUGUCAAGUGAUUUUGUACAAGAUUUUUAUUGUGAUUUUUUUCCAUCUACUGAAGAUUGUAUAUAUUAUAAUAAUCUUCGUGCAAUUAAUUUUGAUUUUUUUAAAAAGCUUACUAUUUUGUAA